ACAAAACGCAGCGAGCGGGAGGGAGUGGCGCAGAAAGCAACGACACCCGACAGACACCAUCCUCAUCACCAUCCUCAUCUUCCUCGUCCUCCUUCCCAUCGUUCAAACCAUUCGCAGCGAGCUUUCUUGAGUGGGGAGUGGGAAGAAGAUGCCGAGGAGCAGGUUCGGCGGGUCGGUCUCCGGCCCCAUGGUGGACGUCGCCAUCGACUUGGGCAACCCCUUCCUCAACGUCACCGUCGAUGGCUUCCUCAAGAUCGGCACCGUCGCAGCCACCAGGGCAGCCGCAGAGGAUGCCUAUUUCAUCGUCAAGUCAGGGAAAUUUUCCGGUCACAAAUUUGAGGACACGUUGAAGAAGAUGUGCAAAGAAGGGGCAUACUGGGGGACGGUUGCUGGAGUCUAUGCAGGAAUGGAGUAUGGGGUAGAGAGAAUCCGUGGCACCAGAGACUGGAAAAAUGCUAUGAUAGGGGGUGCUUUGACCGGCCUUACAAUAUCUGCAGCCAGCAAGAAUAACAGAGACAGGGUUGUGAUGGAUGCCAUCACAGGAGGUGCAAUCGCUACUGCUGCAGAUUUCCUUAAUUAUCUGACAUGAAUAAUGGAACCACUGUCCCCAAUGCUUUCUUGCUUUUUAGGAAGAAAGCAUCUAGCAUGCUUAUUCUGCCCAUCGCCCCUCUCUUGUAAGCAAAACAACCAAAAGUUUGAUGUCAAGAACCGAAGCAUCAUUUUCUCAUUUGUAAACUAGCGUUAAUAAGUUUAUUGAGGUUUAUGGAGCUAUUUUUACGAUGGAA